AUGUCUUUACCUCUCCUGCUGUCUCUUUCUAAAGCUUUCCAGGAGGAAUUGAAGGAGAUGUGUAUGUCUGUUAUGAGGGAUCUUGAGAGCAAUCGCAGUUUUGCCAUCUUGGAAGAGAACAGUUCUUAUUUCCUUAAAUUCUAUCUAUUCACCCCUCCAGUAGACAAAUACCCUUUAUUUCCACACCAGGAUGUUGUGCCUUUAGCAGAUCCCUGCUCAGGUUUUGUGAGUCCAGCAGCAGGUGCUGAACAGCAGCGCAGUGUUGGAAGAGCAAUCGAAUCCCUGGCAGACUACAGCGAUAGGGAGCCUCCCCAGUGUCCCCAGCACAGGGCUUACAAAGGAGUUCCGUGGGAUAAUAUGUUUUCUUCCAAAAUACAGCCUCCAAAAUCAACAGGGGAGAUGUUGGAUGAUGCUGUUUCCCAGUAUUUCACAAAAAGAAGAUACAAUCCCAAACCUAAAAUAAGCCAAGAUGUCGGAGGCUUCUGGGACAGAUUCCAAACAAGAUCUUUUACCUCUCCACAGAGAUCUGGUGGUCUUGUAAGCCAAAGCUCUUAAACCUGUCAAAUCCCUUUGUAUAUCUGCUGUGUUACUGCAGUAAAUUUUGAAGGCAAUGCUGAUGUAGACUUAGUCCUACUUAACCAUGUUCAAACUUCCAAACCUCACUACACAAGCACUGCACACUCACCAAAUAUUCUUGGAUAUUCUGGCAGGGUUCAUUGGUCAGCAACUCACCCAGCAAAUUCUAAUCUUCCAUCAGCAGCCCCAUCAGUAAUUGCAGGAAUGCAUGGGUAG